AUGGGUACUAUUAAAACGAAGUUUAAAAAUAAUUAUUUAAAAAAUAGUUAUUUAUUUAUAAUAUAUAUUAUAUUAUUUAAUUUGGUAAUUGGAAUCGCAAAUUCGGAAGCAUUAGGAGUUCCAUCAAAAAUUCGACCAGGAAGAUAUGGUGAAAUUUGUUCCAACUGUACACCAAAGAAAUCUUACUUAGAUUUUUCCUUAAUUUCACCAACUGGUUUUGAAUUAGUAGAUAAUGCAGAAUUAGAAUGGACAAAAGAUUUCCCAUCGGUAAAAGUUUCAGUGAAUGGUUCUCAAAAUCCAGUGAUUAUGGGUCAAACUCACCAUUACAGUGAAUUGCUAGAAAAUGUAAAUUUCUUUAAUAUUACAGGUCGUACUGAUAUAAAAUCAUUGAUGCAUUAUUCAUGUGGUAAUGCAACAUCAAGCGUUGUAUUUGAAUUCACCAAACCAGUAGAGCGUUUCCUUUUAUUGAUUUUUGGAGUGAAUUCAGAGGUUUCAUUGGUUGUUGACUCUUACGAUGCCUAUGGUUAUCCAGUGAAUAUGUUAAAUUGGGAUACAUUAGAUCAUGGUUUAUUAUCAACUCAUUAUCCAUCAAACACUUCAAUCCAUCAUCCACCAGCAGUUAAGCAAUCACACAAUAGUGCAACAUUGGAUUUAACAUGGUCAAAUAAAGGUUUCAAUACCUAUAUCAUUUUAGAGCCAAAUCAAAUGAUUUCCAAGAUUAUACUUUCAGUUAAAGGUGUACAUUGCAAUGAAGAGAUUUGUAAAGGUCAAGCAUUAUAUUAUUCUUUAGUCGCAUUGGGUGAUUGUCAAGAUAGUAAUUUGUUUGCAGUUGGUAAUUAUGUGUUCUUUGAUGUCAAUCGUGAUGGAGUUCAUGAAACCACCGAAUUGUUUGCUCCAAAUGUAAAGGUAGAACUUUAUGAUGCCAUUUCAUCAACAAGAUUAAUCGCUUCAACAUUCACCGAUCUCAAUGGUAAAUACUUUUUUGAUAAUCUUCCAGAGGGUGCUUAUGUUGUUAAAAUCUAUCCACCAUCUGAUUAUAUGAUUAGUUCAAAUGGUCCUGAUAAUGUAAUCAAUGCAAUCACCAGUUUUUCAAAUUCUUUUGUCCUCACCAUCAAUGGAACCAAUGUUGUUCCUGUCCCACCAAACAGUGGAAUCAAUGCCACUUAUUGGAAUCCAAAAAUUAAUGGUGGUAUCACUUUAAUUAGAUAUGCCAUCUCUGGUAAUGUUUGUAAUGAUCAUGAUGAUAAUGGUGUUAGUGAUGGAAAUUUAUCAGGUAUUACUGUUCAAUUAACUACUCCUUCCCAUGUUGUAUUAAAAACCGCUCAAACUGACUAUGCUGGAAAUUAUGUUUUCGAUGAUUUAUCAGAAGGCGUAUAUAGUGUACAUUUCAUCCUUCCAGAGAAUUACUAUUUUUCAACUGCAUCACUUUCACGUUUAUCUCCAGGUGGUUAUUUAGAUGGUUUACAACUAUCUCAAAAUACCACAACUCUCACUCAAUCCUCUCCCAAUGUUCUUAUACUUCCAACUACCAAUCAUCUCUUGUCAAAUGUAAACAUUUGUAUGAAGACUAAAACUUUUGCUUUGUCUGGUUUCACAUUUAAAGAUGCCAAUAGUGAUGGUCUUUAUUUAUUAGCAAAUCAAGAUUUACCAUUACCAGGUGUAGUUGUCCAAUUGUUCAAAUCUGGUCAAUCUGCUAUUCCUCUUGCAACCACUACCACCGAUUCACUUGGAAAAUACUUUUUCGAUUUAAUCGUUUCAGGUGAUUAUGAUAUUCAUUUCAAUGCCCCAGAUGGUUAUCAUGAUACCAAAACCUCUUCACAAUCAUUGGCAGACAGCAAUGGUUGGAUUCGUUCAGCCAAAGUAAAUGAUAACACUGUGGUACCAAAUACUAAUCCAUCUAUAAAGGCAACCGACGUUUUACAAAACCAAAAUGCAGGUUUUACUCUUAAUCAAUAUGGUAUUGGUUCACAUGUUUGGUUGGAUUCAAAUAGAGAUUCUGAACGUGGUCCAACAGAAACCACUGGCGUUGCAAAUGUAACUGUUAAUCUUUUACUCAAUGGUGUCGUUGUUGCCACUACAAAAACUUCAGCCGAUGGUUCUUAUUCAUUUGAUGGACUGGCUGCUGGUGUUUACAAUGCUCAAUUUAUUCUUCCAAGUAAUCUUUACAAGUUUUCCCCACAAUUCGAUGAAUCAAGACCUGACACAACUGGACUCGUACAACAAAUUAAUCUUACUCCACAAAACCCACAAUUAGUUGCUGGUACUGGUUUACCACCAUAUCCAUUGGCAAACAAAAUCGAUCCAACCGUAAAUGCAGGUGUUUAUAAAGUUGAUUUCGCAAUUGGUGAUCUAGUUUGGAUUGAUAAAGAUUCAAAUGGUGUUUUUAACCCAGCCACUGAUCAAGGAGCACCAUUUGUUACUAUAAAUCUUGUAAACGAAAAAACCUCUGAAUUAUUAACAACUCAAAGUGCUCAAGAUGGUAGUUAUAGUUUCAAUCAUUUAGCAGCCGGUAAUUAUUGUAUCCAUUUUGUAAUUCCACAAGGUUACAAAGCAGUUACAACCUCAUACUAUAGUGUAGGUGAUGAAAAUGGCGAAGUUUGUUUCACAUUAAAUGUUGAAAACUCUGACUCAGCUUCUUCCUAUACCAAACAUUACCUCACUCCACUAUUAGGUGAUUACAUUGACGAUACAUUGGAUCAAGGUAUUGUCAUGAGUACAUUUGCAAUUGGUGACUUUGUUUUCAUUGAUAGCAAUCGUGAUGGAUUAUAUCAAAGUUCAACUGAAACUCCAGCAGAAGGUGUUAAAGUAGUUCUUUCUCAAAGUGGUCAUUUGGUUGCCGAUACUCUUACUGAUUCAAAAGGUCACUAUGUUUUCGAUAAUAUUCAAACAGGUGUUUAUGAUAUUGCAUUUAUAAUACCAUCAGGAUAUCAAGUUACUUCACCUUCUUCCGAUAAUAAAGCAAAUUCUCUUGGUUUAGUAUCUACAAUUGAUUUAUCAUUCAAUGAUGAUCAAGUUACUCCAGUUAACCCAUCAAUUGAUGGUCCAUUGAAAGCUUCUUUCAUUGAUAGAACAAUUGAUGCUGGUUUGGUUAGACCAUUGUUUACAAUUGGUACUCAUGCAUGGAUAGAUGAAAACAAUAAUCUUAUUGAUGAUGAUAUUUCAAAUGGUUUACCAAAUAUUACUAUGACAUUGAUCAACAACGCAGAGGGAGGUAAAGUUGUUCAAAGUGUUUCAACCGAUUCUAAAGGUCAAUAUAGUUUUACAAAUGUACCAGAAGGAGAUUAUUGUGUUGUUGCAACCAAUAGUAACCCUUCAUUAUCAUUAUUACCAAAGAGUGCAGACUCUCCAUUUGACGCCGCAGGAAAAUAUUGUUUUGUUUUAGUUGCAGGUGAUAAUCCAAGUAAAACUGAUGCAAAUAUUGGUUACACAACAAAACUAAGUGUUGGUCAAUUUAUUUGGGUAGAUUCAAAUAAUGAUGGUUCAUUUGAUAAGUCAAAGGAGAAUCUUUUAUCAAAUACACUUGUUACAGUCACUAUUACCAAUCAAAAAACAGGCCAAAUACAAUCAGUUGAAACUUCAAAAGGAGAUUAUCAAUUCAUUGGAUUAUUACCAGGUGAUUAUUGUGUCCAAAUGACAAUUCCUGAUAAUUUCAAACAAGUUGUAAUGGGUGUAGAUUCUCCAUUCAAUUCAAGUGCUAUUUCUUGUUUCAAUCUUAAUUCUACCUCUAGAAAUGAUAUUAACUUCGGUUUAGUUCCAUUGUACCCAGUUGGUGAUAAAAUAUGGAUAGAUCCAUUCAACACUGGUAAACAAUUGCCAGAUUCACCAGGUAUUUCAAAUAUUCCACUUAGUUUAAUUUCUCAAAAGACUAAUCAAAUAAUAAGUAGCGUUGUAACUGAUUCAAAUGGUAAAUAUCAAUUUGAAGAUGUCCCACCAGGUGAUUAUUGUAUCAAAGCUACUAUCAAUAGGGAUCAAUACUCUUUGGUUAAUAAAUCAUUGGAUUCACCUUUCCAAGUUUCAAACACUAAUAAUGUUGAAUCAUGCUUUACAGUUUCUGGUCCACUCGAUAAUCAAGACUUGGGUUUAACUCCAUUCCUUGAAAUUGGUACUUUUGUUUGGGUCGAUGGAAAGGGAAAUAAUUUAUACGAAAAGUCUAAAAAUGAUAUUCUAAAAUCAGAUGUAUCAAUUACAUUGACCAACAUUGGAUCUGGAGACUCGGUUUCAACUAUCACCGACAGUGAAGGUAAAUACAAUUUCAAUCAUUUAUUAGCAGGUGAUUAUUGUAUAAAAGCAACACAACCAGUUCCAUAUCAAUUUGUUGUAACUUCAGAUGAUUCAGUUGUAGACUCCAAAGGUGAAUAUUGUUUCAAAUUAACAGAAUCAAAUCCAAAUAUCAAUAUUGGUUUAGUACCACUCAAUAGUAUCGGAUCAGUAUCAUGGUUAGAUAAGAAUAAUAAUGGCAAUAGAGAAGACAAUGAAUUCUUACCAGGUGUAGAAUUAUCAUUACAAGAUUCAAAUGGUAAAGUAUUAGAUACAACAACAACCGAUGAAUCAGGUAAUUACAAAUUUGAUAAUUUAUUACCAGGCGAUUAUUGUAUUAUCGCAACAACUCCAAUCGGUUCAAUUCCUGUUACUGGUAGUUCAGAUAAUCUUUUUGUAGAUGAUAAAUAUUGCUUAACAUUCACAGGACCACAACCAAUCGAUAGAACUGAUGUCAAUCCAGGUUUUGUAUCAACACUCGAUAUUGGUCAAUAUGUUUGGAUCGAUAAGAAUAACAAUGGUAAAGAAGAAUCAGAUGAACCAUUACUACCAGGUGUACAAGUUAUUAUCACAUCACCAAAUGGAACUAAGAUCGCAGAUCUUGUAACGGAUGAAAAUGGUAAAUAUGCAUUAAAAGAUCAAGUACCAGGAUCAUAUUGUGUACAAAUGGUUAUUCCACCACAUUAUAAACAAGUUUCACAAUCAGAAGACUCACCAUUCGAUUCAGAUGUCAAAUAUUGUUUCGAUUUAAUCGAUGAGUCAAUUACAAAUGCCAAUCUUGGUUUAAUUCCAUUAUUCAACGUUGGUGAUAAAGUUUGGUUAGAUCCAUUCAAUACUGGUAAACAAACUGAUGAUUCACCACCAUUAUCAGACAUUACAAUUAGAUUAACUGAUAAAGAUGGAAAUGAAAUUUCAAACACCAAAUCAGGACCAGAUGGUAAAUACCAAUUCGAAGAUGUUCCACCAGGUGAUUAUUGUGUUGAAGCUGAUAUUCCAAAAGAUCAAUACAAACCAGUCAAUACAUCAUCAGAUUCACCAUUCUCGGCUGAUUCAACAAAUGAUAGUUUCGUCACAGUUAAAUAUUGUUUCACAAUCACUGAUCAUGAUGUCAAACCACCAAUUGGUGUUACUCCAUUCUAUGAAAUCGGUACAUUUGUUUGGAUUGAUUCAAAUAACAAUGAUAAGUUUGAACAACCAAGUGAUAUUAAAAAAUCAGAUGUAUCAAUUACAUUAACCAACAGUGGUAAUGGUGAAACAUCAACAAUUCAAACAGAUGCUAAUGGUGAAUACAAUUUCAAUCAUUUAUUAGCAAGUGAUUAUUGUAUUAAAGCAACGGAACCAAAUAAAUAUCAAUUUGUUGUAACUUCAGAUGAUUCAGUUGUCGACUCAACAGGUGAAUAUUGUUUCAAAUUAACACAAUCAAAUCCAAAUAUCAAUAUCGGUUUAGUACCACUCAAUAGUAUCGGAUCAGUAUCAUGGUUAGAUAAGAAUAAUAAUGGUAAUAAAGAAGACAAUGAAUUCUUACCAGGUGUAGAAUUAUCAUUACAAGAUUCAAAUGGUAAAGUAUUAGAAACAACAACAACCGAUGAAUCAGGUAAUUACAAAUUUGAUAAUUUAUUACCAGGUGAUUAUUGUAUCGUCACAACAACUCCAAUCGGUUCAAUUCCAGUAACAAGUAGUCCAGAUAAUCUAUUUGUCGACGAUAAAUAUUGUUUAACAUUCACAGGACCACAACCAAUCGAUAGAACUGAUGUCAAUCCAGGUUUUGUAUCAACACUCGAUAUUGGUCAAUAUGUUUGGAUCGAUAAGAAUAACAAUGGUAAAGAAGAACCAGAUGAACCAUUAUUACCAGGUGUUCAAGUUAUUAUCACAUCACCAAAUGGAACAUCAAUUGCCAAUCUUGUAACAGAUGAAAAUGGUAAAUACGCAUUAAAAGAUCAAGUACCAGGAUCAUAUUGUGUACAAAUGAUUAUUCCAGAUCAUUAUAAACAAGUUGCACAAUCAGAAGACUCACCAUUCGAUUUAGACGUCAAAUAUUGUUUCGAUUUAGACGACAAAUCAAUUACAAAUGCCAAUCUUGGUUUAAUCCCAUUAUAUCCAAUUGGUGAUACUGUUUGGUUAGAUCCAUUCAAUACUGGUAAACGUACUGAUGAUUCACCAGGUGUCGAAGGUAUUGAAUUAAAUUUAGUCGAUAAAGAUGGUAAAGUUAUUCAAUCAACAACUUCAGGACCAAAUGGUAAAUAUCAAUUCGAAGAUGUUCCACCAGGUGAUUAUUGUAUUGAGGCAAAAAUUCCAAAUGAUCAAUACAAACCAGUCAAUACAUCAUCAGAUUCACCAUUCUCUCCAACUUCAGAUAACUCAAUCGUUAAAUCAUGUCUCACAGUUUCAGGACCAUUAGACAAUCAAAACUUAGGUUUAUCACCAUUCUAUGAAAUCGGUACCAUUGUUUGGAUUGAUUCAAAUAACAAUGAUAAGUUUGAACAACCAAGUGAUAUCGGUAAAUCAGAUGUAUCAAUUACAUUAACCAACAGUGGUAAUGGUGAAACAUCAACAAUUCAAACAGAUGUUGAUGGUAACUAUAAUUUCAAUCAUUUAUUAGCAGGUGAUUAUUGUAUCAAAGCAACAGAACCAAAUAAAUAUCAAUUUGUUGUAACUUCAGAUGAUUCAGUUGUCAACUCAACAGGUGAAUAUUGUUUCAAAUUAACACAAUCAAAUCCAAAUAUCAAUAUCGGUUUAGUACCACUCAAUAGUAUCGGAUCAGUAUCAUGGUUAGAUAAGAAUAAUAAUGGUAAUAAAGAAGACAAUGAAUUUUUACCAGGUGUAGAAUUAUCAUUACAAGAUUCAAAUGGUAAAGUAUUAGAUACAACAACAACUGAUGAAUCAGGUAAUUACAAAUUUGAUAAUUUAUUACCAGGCGAUUAUUGUAUUGUUGCAACAACUCCAAUCGGUUCAAUUCCAGUAACAAGCAGUCCAGAUAAUCUAUUUGUCAAUAAUAAAUAUUGUUUAACAUUCACAGGACCACAACCAAUCGAUAGAACUGAUGUCAAUCCAGGUUUUGUAUCAACACUCGAUAUUGGUCAAUAUGUUUGGAUCGAUAAGAAUAACAAUGGUAAAGAAGAAUCAGAUGAACCAUUAUUACCAGGUGUUCAAGUUAUUAUCACAUCACCCAAUGGAACUAAGAUCGCAGAUCUUGUAACAGAUGAAAAUGGUAAUUAUGCAUUAAAAGAUCAAGUACCAGGAUCAUAUUGUGUACAAAUGGUUAUUCCACCACAUUAUAAACAAGUUUCACAAUCAGAAGACUCACCAUUCGAUUUAGAUGUCAAAUAUUGUUUCGAUUUAGACGACAAAUCAAUAACAAAUGCCAAUCUUGGUUUAAUUCCAUUAUUCAACGUUGGUGAUAAAGUUUGGUUAGAUCCAUUCAAUACUGGUAAACAAACUGAUGAUUCACCACCAUUAUCAGACAUUACAAUUAGAUUAACUGAUAAAGAUGGAAAUGAAAUUACAAACACCAAAUCAGGACCAGAUGGUAAAUACCAAUUCGAAGAUGUUCCACCAGGUGAUUAUUGUGUUGAAGCUGAUAUUCCAAAAGAUCAAUACAAACCAGUCAAUACAUCAUCAGAUUCACCAUUCUCAGUCGAUUCAACAAAUGAUAAUUUCGUCACAGUUAAAUAUUGUUUCACAAUCACUGAUCAUGAUGUCAAACCACCAAUUGGUGUUACUCCAUUCUAUGAAAUCGGUACAUUUGUUUGGAUUGAUUCAAAUAACAAUGAUAAAUUCGAACAACCAAGUGAUAUUAAAAAAUCAGAUGUAUCAAUUACAUUAACCAACAGUGGUAAUGGUGAAACAUCAACAAUUCAAACAGAUGCUGAUGGUGAAUACAAUUUCAAUCAUUUAUUAGCAGGUGAUUAUUGUAUUAAAGCAACAGAACCAAAUAAAUAUCAAUUUGUUGUAACUUCAGAUGAUUCAGUUGUCGACUCAACAGGUGAAUAUUGUUUCAAAUUAACACAAUCAAAUCCAAAUAUCAAUAUCGGUUUAGUACCACUCAAUAGUAUCGGAUCAGUAUCAUGGUUAGAUAAGAAUAAUAAUGGUAAUAAAGAAGACAAUGAAUUCUUACCAGGUGUAGAAUUAUCAUUACAAGAUCCAAAUGGUACUGUAUUUGAAACAACAACAACCGAUGAAUCAGGUAGUUACAAAUUUGGUAAUUUAUUACCAGGCGAUUAUUGUAUCGUUGCAACAACUCCAAUCGGUUCAAUUCCAGUAACAAGCAGUCCAGAUAAUCUAUUUGUCAAUAAUAAAUAUUGUUUAACAUUCACAGGACCACAACCAAUCGAUAGAAUUGAUGUCAAUCCAGGUUUUGUAUCAACACUCGAUAUUGGUCAAUAUGUUUGGAUCGAUAAGAAUAACAAUGGUAAAGAAGAAUCAGAUGAACCAUUAUUACCAGGUGUUCAAGUUAUUAUCACAUCAUCAAAUGGAACUAAGAUCGCAGAUCUUGUAACAGAUGAAAAUGGUAAAUACGCAUUAAAAGAUCAAGUACCAGGAUCAUAUUGUGUACAAAUGAUUAUUCCAGAUCAUUAUAAACAAGUUUCACAAUCAGAAGACUCACCAUUCGAUUCAGAUGUCAAAUAUUGUUUCGAUUUAAUCGAUGAAUCAAUUACAAAUGCCAAUCUUGGUUUAAUUCCAUUAUAUCCAAUUGGUGAUACUGUUUGGUUAGAUCCAUUCAAUACUGGUAAACGUACUGAUGAUUCACCAGGUCUCGAAGGUAUUGAAUUACAAUUAGUCGAUAAAGAUGGUAAAGUUAUUCAAUCAACAACAUCAGGGCCAGAUGGUAAAUAUCAAUUCGAAGAUGUUCCACCAGGUGAUUAUUGUAUUGAAGCAACAAUUCCAAAUGAUACCUAUCAAUCAGUUAAUACAUCAUCAGAUUCACCAUUCUCUCCAACUUCAGAUAAUUCAAUUGUUAAAUCAUGUUUCGCAGUUUCAGGACCAUUAGAUAACCAAAACUUAGGUUUAUCACCAUUCUAUGAAAUCGGUACCAUUGUUUGGAUUGAUUCAAAUAACAAUGAUAAGUUUGAACAACCAAAUGAUAUCGGAAAAUCAAAUGUAUCAAUUACAUUAACCAACAGUGGUAAUGGUGAAAUGUAUUCAACAAUCUCCAAUACUGACGGUGAAUACAAUUUCAAUCAUUUAUUAGCAGGUGAUUAUUGUAUCAAGGUAACAGAACCAGAUCAAUACAAAUUUGUUGUAACUUCAGAUGAUUCAGUUGUCGACUCAACAGGUGAAUAUUGUUUCAAAUUAACAGAAUCAAAUCCAAAUAUCAAUAUUGGAUUAGUACCACUCAAUAGUAUCGGAUCAGUAUCAUGGUUAGAUAAGAAUAAUGAUGGUAAGAGACAAGACAAUGAAUUUUUACCAGGUGUAGAAUUAUCAUUACAAGAUCCAAAUGGUAUUGUUAUUCAAACAAUAACAACAGAUUCCGAUGGUAACUAUUACUUUGAUAAUUUACUUCCAGGUGAUUAUUGUAUUUCUGCAACAACCCCAAUCGGUUCAAUUCCAGUAACAAGCAGUCCAGAUAAUCUAUUUGUCGAUGGUAAAUAUUGUUUAACAUUCACAGGACCACUACCAACCGAUAGAACUGAUGUCAAUCCAGGUUUUGUAUCAACACUUGAUAUUGGUCAAUAUGUUUGGAUCGAUAAGAAUAACAAUGGUAAAGAAGAACCAGAUGAACCAUUAUUACCAGGUGUUCAAGUUAUUAUCACAUCAUCAAAUGGAACUAAGAUCGCAGAUCUUGUAACAGAUGAAAAUGGUAAAUACGCAUUAAAAGAUCAAGUACCAGGAUCAUAUUGUGUACAAAUGAUUAUUUCAGAUCAUUAUAAACAAGUUGCACAAUCAGAAGAAUCUCCAUUCGAUUCAGAUGUCAAAUAUUGUUUCGAUUUAAUCGAUGAGUCAAUUACAAAUGCCAAUCUUGGUUUAAUCCCAUUAUAUCCAAUUGGUGAUACUGUUUGGUUAGAUCAAUUCAAUACUGGUAAACGUACUGAUGAUUCACCAGGUGUCGAAGGUAUUGAAUUACAAUUAGUCGAUAAAGAUGGCAAAGUCAUUCAAUCAACAACAUCAGGACCAGAUGGUAAAUAUCAAUUCGAAGAUGUUCCACCAGGUGAUUAUUGUAUUGAAGCAACAAUUCCAAAUGAUCAAUACAAACCAGUCAAUACAUCAUCAGAUUCACCAUUCUCUCCAACUUCAGAUGAAUCAAUCGUUAAAUCAUGUUUCGCAGUUUCAGGACCAUUAGACAAUCAAAACUUAGGUUUAUCACUAUUCUAUGAAAUUGGUACCAUGGUUUGGAUUGAUUCAAAUAACAAUGGUAAAUUCGAACAACCAAGUGAUGUUUUAAAAUCAGAUGUAUCAAUUACAUUAACCAACAGUGGUAAUGGUGAAACAUCAACAAUUCAAACAGAUGUUGAUGGUAACUAUAAUUUCAAUCAUUUAUUAGCAGGUGAUUAUUGUAUCAAAGCAACACAACCAGAUCAAUACCAAUUUGUUGUAACUUCAGAUGAUUCAGUUGUCGACUCAACAGGUGAAUAUUGUUUCAAAUUAACACAAUCAAAUCCAAAUAUCAAUAUCGGUUUAGUACCACUCAAUAGUAUCGGAUCAGUAUCAUGGUUAGAUAAGAAUAAUAAUGGUAAGAAAGAAGACAAUGAAUUUUUACCAGGUGUAGAAUUAUCAUUACAAGAUUCAAAUGGUAAAGUAUUAGAUACAACAACAACCGAUGAAUCAGGUAGUUACAAAUUUGAUAAUUUAUUACCAGGUGAUUAUUGUAUUGUCACAACAACUCCAAUCGGUUCAAUUCCAGUAACAAGCAGUCCAGAUAAUCUAUUUGUCAAUAAUAAAUAUUGUUUAACAUUCACAGGACCACAACCAAUCGAUAGAACUGAUGUCAAUCCAGGUUUUGUAUCAACACUCGAUAUUGGUCAAUAUGUUUGGAUCGAUAAGAAUAACAAUGGUAAAGAAGAACCAGAUGAACCAUUAUUACCAGGUGUUCAAGUUAUUAUCACAUCACCAAAUGGAACAUCAAUUGCCAAUCUUGUAACAGAUGAAAAUGGUAAAUACACAUUAAAAGAUCAAGUACCAGGAUCAUAUUGUGUACAAAUGAUUAUUCCACCACAUUAUAAACAAGUUGCACAAUCAGAAGACUCACCAUUCGAUUUAGAUGUCAAAUAUUGUUUCGAUUUAGUCAAUGAAUCAAUUUCAAAUGCCAAUCUUGGUUUAGUUCCGUUAUUCAAAGUUGGUGAUAAAGUUUGGUUAGAUCCAUUCAAUACUGGUAAACAAACUGAUGAUUCACCACCAUUAUCAGACAUUACAAUUAGAUUAACUGAUAAAGAUGGUAAAGUUAUUCAAUCAACAACUUCAGGACCAGAUGGUAAAUACCAAUUCGAAGAUGUUCCACCAGGUGAUUAUUGUGUUGAAGCUUAUAUUCCAAAAGAUCAAUACAAACCAGUCAAUACAUCAUCAGAUUCACCAUUCUCAGUCGAUUCAACAAAUGAUAAUUUCGUCACAGUUAGAUAUUGUUUCACAAUCACUGAUCAUGAUGUCAAACCACCAAUUGGUGUUACUCCAUUCUAUGAAAUCGGUACCAUUGUUUGGAUUGAUUCAAAUAACAAUGAUAGAUUCGAACAACCAAGUGAUAUUGGAAAAUCAGAUGUAUCAAUUACAUUAACCAACAGUGGUAAUGGUGAAACAUCAACAAUUCAAACAGAUGUUGACGGUGAAUACAAUUUCAAUCAUUUAUUAGCAGGUGAUUAUUGUAUCAAAGCAACAGAACCAAAUAAAUAUCAAUUUGUUGUAACUUCAGAUGAUUCAGUUGUCGACUCAACAGGUGAAUAUUGUUUCAAAUUAACACAAUCAAAUCCAAAUAUCAAUAUUGGUUUAGUACCACUCAAUAGUAUCGGAUCAGUAUCAUGGUUAGAUAAGAAUAAUAAUGGUAAUAAAGAAGAUAAUGAAUUUUUACCAGGUGUAGAAUUAUCAUUACAAGAUUCAAAUGGUAAAGUAUUAGAUACAACAACAACUGAUGAAUCAGGUAAUUACAAAUUUGAUAAUUUAUUACCAGGCGAUUAUUGUAUCGUUGUAACAACUCCAAUCGGUUCAAUUCCAGUAACAAGCAGUCCAGAUAAUCUAUUUGUUGAUGAUAAAUAUUGUUUAACAUUCACAGGACCACAACCAAUCGAUAGAACUGAUGUCAAUCCAGGUUUUGUAUCAACACUCGAUAUUGGUCAAUAUGUUUGGAUCGAUAAGAAUAACAAUGGUAAAGAAGAAUCAGAUGAACCAUUAUUACCAGGUGUUCAAGUUAUUAUCACAUCACCAAAUGGAACAUCAAUUGCCAAUCUUGUAACAGAUGAAAAUGGUAAAUACACAUUAAAAGAUCAAGUACCAGGAUCAUAUUGUGUACAAAUGGUUAGUCCACCACAUUAUAAACAAGUUUCACAAUCAGAAGACUCACCAUUCGAUUCAGAUAUCAAAUAUUGUUUCGAUUUAGACGACAAAUCAAUUACAAAUGCCAAUCUUGGUUUAGUUCCAUUAUUCAACGUUGGUGAUAAAGUUUGGUUAGAUCCAUUCAAUACUGGUAAACAAACUGAUGAUUCACCACCAUUAUCAGACAUUACAAUUAGAUUAACUGAUAAAGAUGGAAAUGAAAUUACAAAAACCAAAUCAAGACCAGAUGGAAAUGAAAAUUCAAACACUAAAUCAGGACCAGACGGUAAAUACCAAUUCGAAGAUGUUCCACCAGGUGAUUAUUGUGUUGAAGCUGAUAUUCCAAAAGAUCAAUACAAACCAGUCAAUACAUCAUCAGAUUCACCAUUCUCAGUCGAUUCAACAAAUGAUAAUUUCGUCACAGUUAAAUAUUGUUUCACAAUCACUGAUCAUGAUGUCAAACCACCAAUUGGUGUUACUCCAUUCUAUGAAAUCGGUACAUUUGUUUGGAUUGAUUCAAAUAACAAUGAUAAGUUUGAACAACCAAGUGAUAUAAAAAAAUCAGAUGUAUCAAUUACAUUAACCAACAGUGGUAAUGGUGAAACAUCAACAAUUCAAACAGAUGUCGAUGGUAACUAUAAUUUCAAUCAUUUAUUAGCAGGUGAUUAUUGUAUCAAAGCAACAGAACCAAAUAAAUAUCAAUUUGUUGUAACUUCAGAUGAUUCAGUUGUCGACUCAACAGGUGAAUAUUGUUUCAAAUUAACAGAAUCAAAUCCAAAUAUCAAUAUUGGUUUAGUACCUCUCAAUAGUAUCGGAUCAGUAUCAUGGUUAGAUAAGAAUAAUAAUGGUAAGAAAGAAGACAAUGAAUUUUUACCAGGUGUAGAAUUAUCAUUACAAGAUUCAAAUGGUAAAGUAUUAGAUACAACAACAACCGAUGAAUCAGGUAAUUACAAAUUUGAUAAUUUAUUACCAGGUGAUUAUUGUAUCGUUGCAACAACUCCAAUCGGUUCAAUUCCAGUAACAAGCAGUCCAGAUAAUCUAUUUGUCAAUAAUAAAUAUUGUUUAACAUUCACAGGACCACAACCAAUCGAUAGAACUGAUGUCAAUCCAGGUUUUGUAUCAACACUUGAUAUUGGUCAAUAUGUUUGGAUCGAUAAGAAUAACAAUGGUAAAGAAGAAUCAGAUGAACCAUUAUUACCAGGUGUUCAAGUUAUUAUCACAUCAUCAAAUGGAACUAAGAUCGCAGAUCUUGUAACAGAUGAAAAUGGUAAAUACGCAUUAAAAGAUCAAGUACCAGGAUCAUAUUGUGUACAAAUGAUUAUUCCAGAUCAUUAUAAACAAGUUUCACAAUCAGAAGACUCACCAUUCGAUUCAGAUGUCAAAUAUUGUUUCGAUUUAGAAGAUAAAUCAAUUACAAACGCAAAUCUUGGUUUAGUUCCACUUUACAACCUUGGUGAUACUGUUUGGUUAGAUCCAUUCAACACUGGUAAACGUACUGAUGAUUCACCAGGUGUAGAAGGUAUUCCACUAACACUCAUUGAUAAAUACGGAAAUUCAAUUCAAUCAACUGCAUCAGGACCAAAUGGUAAAUAUCAAUUCGAAGAUGUUCCACCAGGUGAUUAUUGUAUUGAAGCAUCUGUCCCAAGAAAAUAUCAAGUAGAAAAUACCUCAUCAGAUUCACCAUUCUCGGUAGUUCUUCCACUCCCAACUUCUUCAAUUGAACCAAUUAAAUCUAGAUAUUGUUUCACAGUUACAGAGCCAGUUAACAAUGCCAAUCUUGGUUUAAUUCCAUUCCUCGAAAUCGGAACAUUUGUUUGGAUUGAUUCAAAUAACAAUGAUAAGUUUGAACAACCAAGUGAUAUUAAACAAUCAGAUGUUCCAAUUACAUUAACCAACAGUGGUAAUGGUGAAACAUCAACAAUUCAAACAGAUGUUGAUGGUAACUAUAAUUUCAAUCAUUUAUUAGCAGGUGAUUAUUGUAUCAAAGCAACAGAACCAAAUAAAUACCAAUUUGUUGUAACUUCAGAUGAUUCAGUUGUCAACUCAACAGGUGAAUAUUGUUUCAAAUUAACAGAAUCAAAUCCAAAUAUCAAUAUUGGUUUAGUACCACUCAAUAGUAUCGGAUCGUUCGCAUGGCUAGAUAAAGAUAAUGAUGGUUUAGCAAGUGAGGGAGAAUCAUUACCAGGUGUAGAAUUAUCAUUACAAGAUUCAAAUGGUAAAGUAUUAGAAACAACAACAACUGAUGAAUCAGGUAAUUACAAAUUUGAUAAUUUAUUACCAGGUGAUUAUUGUAUCGUCGCAACAACUCCAAUCGGUUCAAUUCCAGUAACAAGCAGUCCAGAUAAUCUAUUUGUUGAUGAUAAAUAUUGUUUAACAUUCACAGGACCACAACCAAUUGAUAGAUAUGAUGUCAAUCCAGGUUUUGUAUCAACACUCGAUAUUGGUCAAUAUGUUUGGAUCGAUAAGAAUAACAAUGGUAAAGAAGAAUCAGAUGAACCAUUAUUACCAGGUGUUCAAGUUAUUAUCACAUCACCCAAUGGAACUAAGAUCGCAGAUCUUGUAACAGAUGAAAAUGGUAAUUAUGCAUUAAAAGAUCAAGUACCAGGAUCAUAUUGUAUACAAAUGAUUAUUCCACCACAUUAUAAACAAGUUGCACAAUCAGAAGACUCACCAUUCGAUUCAGAUGUCAAAUAUUGUUUCGAUUUAAUCGAUGAAUCAAUUACAAACGCAAAUCUCGGUUUAGUUCCACUUUAUCCAAUUGGUGAUACUGUUUGGUUAGAUCCAUUCAAUACUGGUAAACGUACUGAUGAUUCACCAGGUCUCGAAGGUAUUGAAUUACAAUUAGUCGAUAAAGAUGGUAAAGUUAUUCAAUCAACAACUUCAGGACCAAAUGGUAAAUAUCAAUUUGAAGAUGUUCCACCAGGUGAUUAUUGUAUUGAAGCAACAAUUUCAAAUGAUAUCUUACGAGCAGUCAAUACAUCAUCAGAUUCACCAUUCUCUCCAACUUCAGAUGAAUCAAUCGUUAAAUCAUGUUUCGCAGUUUCAGGACCAUUAGAUAAUCAAAACUUAGGUUUAUCACCAUUCUAUGAAAUCGGUACCAUUGUUUGGAUUGAUUCAAAUAACAAUGAUAAAUUUGAACAACCAAGUGAUAUCGGAAAAUCAAAUGUAUCAAUUACAUUAACCAACAGUGGUAAUGGUGAAACAUCAACAAUUCAAACAGAUGUUGAUGGUAACUAUAAUUUCAAUCAUUUAUUAGCAGGUGAUUAUUGUAUCAAAGUAACACAACCAGAUCAAUACCAAUUUGUUGUAACUUCAGAUGAUUCAGUUGUCAACUCAACAGGUGAAUAUUGUUUCAAAUUAACACAAUCAAAUCCAAAUAUCAAUAUUGGUUUAGUACCACUCAAUAGUAUCGGAUCAGUAUCAUGGUUAGAUAAGAAUAAUAAUGGUAAUAAAGAAGAUAAUGAAUUUUUACCAGGUGUAGAAUUAUCAUUACAAGAUUCAAAUGGUAAAGUAUUAGAUACAACAACAACCGAUGAAUCAGGUAAUUACAAAUUUGAUAAUUUAUUACCAGGUGAUUAUUGUAUCGUCUCAACAACUCCAAUCGGUUCAAUUCCAGUAACAAGCAGUCCAGAUAAUCUAUUUGUCGACGAUAAAUAUUGUUUAACAUUCACAGGACCACAACCAAUCGAUAGAUAUGAUGUCAAUCCAGGUUUUGUAUCAACACUCGAUAUUGGUCAAUAUGUUUGGAUCGAUAAGAAUAACAAUGGUAAAGAAGAAUCAGAUGAACCAUUAUUACCAGGUGUUCAAGUUAUUAUCACAUCACCCAAUGGAACUAAGAUCGCAGAUCUUGUAACAGAUGAAAAUGGUAAUUAUGCAUUAAAAGAUCAAGUACCAGGAUCAUAUUGUGUACAAAUGGUUAUUCCACCACAUUAUAAACAAGUUGCACAAUCAGAAGACUCACCAUUCGAUUCAGAUGUCAAAUAUUGUUUCGAUUUAAUCGAUGAGUCAAUUACAAAUGCCAAUCUUGGUUUAAUUCCAUUAUUCAAAGUUGGUGAUAAAGUUUGGUUAGAUCCAUUCAAUACUGGUAAACAAACUGAUGAUUCACCACCAUUAUCAGACAUUACAAUUAGAUUAACUGAUAAAGAUGGAAAUGAAAUUACAAACACCAAAUCAGGACCAGAUGGUAAAUAUCAAUUCGAAGAUGUUCCACCAGGUGAUUAUUGUGUUGAAGCUGAUAUUCUAAAAGAUCAAUACAAACCAGUCAAUACAUCAUCAGAUUCACCAUUCUCAGUCGAUUCAACAAAUGAUAAUUUCGUCACAGUUAAAUAUUGUUUCACAAUCACUGAUCAUGAUGUCAAACCACCAAUUGGUGUUACUCCAUUCUAUGAAAUCGGUACAUUUGUUUGGAUUGAUUCAAAUAACAAUGAUAACUUUGAACAACCAAGUGAUAUAAAAAAAUCAGAUGUAUCAAUUACAUUAACCAACAGUGGUAAUGGUGAAACAUCAACAAUUCAAACAGAUGUUGAUGGUAACUAUAAUUUCAAUCAUUUAUUAGCAGGUGAUUAUUGUAUCAAAGUAACAGAACCAAAUAAAUAUCAAUUUGUUGUAACUUCAGAUGAUUCAGUUGUCGACUCAACAGGUGAAUAUUGUUUCAAAUUAACACAAUCAAAUCCAAAUAUCAAUAUCGGUUUAGUACCACUCAAUAGUAUCGGAUCAGUAUCAUGGUUAGAUAAGAAUAAUAAUGGUAAUAAAGAAGAUAAUGAAUUUUUACCAGGUGUAGAAUUAUCAUUACAAGAUUCAAAUGGUAAAGUAUUAGAUACAACAACAACCGAUGAAUCAGGUAAUUACAAAUUUGAUAAUUUAUUACCAGGUGAUUAUUGUAUCGUUGCAACAACUCCAAUCGGUUCAAUUCCAGUAACAAGCAGUCCAGAUAAUCUCUUUGUAGAUGAUAAAUAUUGUUUAACAUUCACAGGACCACAACCAAUCGAUAGAACUGAUGUCAAUCCAGGUUUUGUAUCAACACUCGAUAUUGGUCAAUAUGUUUGGAUCGAUAAGAAUAACAAUGGUAAAGAAGAAUCAGAUGAACCAUUAUUACCAGGUGUUCAAGUUAUUAUCACAUCACCCAAUGGAACUAAGAUCGCAGAUCUUGUAACAGAUGAAAAUGGUAAUUAUGCAUUAAAAGAUCAAGUACCAGGACCAUAUUGUGUACAAAUGGUUAUUCCACCACAUUAUAAACAAGUUGUACAAUCAGAAGACUCACCAUUCGAUUCAGAUGUCAAAUAUUGUUUCGAUUUGGUAGAUAAAUCAAUUACAAAUGCCAAUCUUGGUUUAAUUCCACUUUAUCCAAUUGGUGAUACUGUUUGGUUAGAUCCAUUCAAUACUGGUAAACGUACUGAUGAUUCACCAGGUGUAGAAGGUAUUGAAUUAAAUUUAGUCGAUAAAGAUGGUAAAGUUAUUCAAUCAACAACAUCAGGACCAGAUGGUAAAUAUCAAUUCGAAGAUGUUCCACCAGGUGAUUAUUGUAUUGAAGCAACAAUUCCAAAUGAUCAAUACAAACCAGUCAAUACAUCAUCAGAUUCACCAUUCUCUCCAACUUCAGAUGAAUCAAUUGUUAAAUCAUGCUUCAAAGUUUCAGGACCAUUAGAUAAUCAAAACUUAGGUUUAUCACCAUUCUAUGAAAUCGGUACCAUUGUUUGGAUUGAUUCAAAUAACAAUGAUAAAUUUGAACAACCAAGUGAUAUCGGAAAAUCAAAUGUAUCAAUUACAUUAACCAACAGUGGUAAUGGUGAAACAUCAACAAUUCAAACAGAUGUUGAUGGUAACUAUAAUUUCAAUCAUUUAUUAGCAGGUGAUUAUUGUAUCAAAGCAACACAACCAGAUCAAUACCAAUUUGUUGUAACUUCAGAUGAUUCAGUUAUCGACUCAACAGGUGAAUAUUGUUUCAAAUUAACACAAUCAAAUCCAAAUAUCAAUAUCGGUUUAGUACCACUCAAUAGUAUCGGAUCAGUAUCAUGGUUAGAUAAGAAUAAUAAUGGUAAUAAAGAAGACAAUGAAUUCUUACCAGGUGUAGAGUUAUCAUUACAAGAUUCAAAUGGUAAAGUAUUAGAAACAACAACAACUGAUGAAUCAGGUAAUUACAAAUUUGAUAAUUUAUUACCAGGCGAUUAUUGUAUCGUUGCAACAACUCCAAUCGGUUCAAUUCCAGUAACAAGCAGUCCAGAUAAUCUAUUUGUCAAUAAUAAAUAUUGUUUAACAUUCACAGGACCACAACCAAUCGAUAGAUAUGAUGUCAAUCCAGGUUUUGUAUCAACACUUGAUAUUGGUCAAUAUGUUUGGAUCGAUAAGAAUAACAAUGGUAAAGAAGAAUCAGACGAACCAUUAUUACCAGGCGUUCAAGUUAUUAUCACAUCACCAAAUGGAACUAAGAUCGCAGAUCUUGUAACAGAUGAAAAUGGUAAUUAUGCAUUAAAAGAUCAAGUACCAGGAUCAUAUUGUGUACAAAUGGUUAUUCCACCACAUUAUAAACAAGAUGCACAAUCAGAAGACUCACCAUUCGAUUCAGAUGUCAAAUAUUGUUUCGAUUUGGUAGAUAAAUCAAUUACAAAUGCCAAUCUUGGUUUAAUUCCAUUAUUCAACGUUGGUGAUAAAGUUUGGUUAGAUCCAUUCAAUACUGGUAAACAAACUGAUGAUUCACCACCAUUAUCAGACAUUACAAUUAGAUUAACUGAUAAAGAUGGAAAUGAAAUUACAAACACCAAAUCAGGACCAGAUGGUAAAUACCAAUUCGAAGAUGUUCCACCAGGUGAUUAUUGUGUUGAAGCUGAUAUUCUAAAAGAUCAAUACAAACCAGUCAAUACAUCAUCAGAUUCACCAUUCUCGGCUGAUUCAACAAAUGAUAGUUUCGUCACAGUUAAAUAUUGUUUCACAAUCACUGAUCAUGAUGUCAAACCACCAAUUGGUGUUACUCCAUUCUAUGAAAUCGGUACAUUUGUUUGGAUUGAUUCAAAUAACAAUGAUAAGUUUGAACAACCAAGUGAUAUAAAAAAAUCAGAUGUAUCAAUUACAUUAACCAACAGUGGUAAUGGUGAAACAUCAACAAUUCAAACAGAUGCUGAUGGUGAAUACAAUUUCAAUCAUUUAUUAGCAGGUGAUUAUUGUAUCAAAGCAACAGAACCAAAUAAAUAUCAAUUUGUUGUAACUUCAGAUGAUUCAGUUGUCGACUCAACAGGUGAAUAUUGUUUCAAAUUAACACAAUCAAAUCCAAAUAUCAAUAUCGGUUUAGUACCACUCAAUAGUAUCGGAACAUUCGCUUGGUUAGAUAAAGAUAAUGAUGGUUUAGCAACUGCUGAAGAAUCAUUAGAAGGUGUAGAAUUAUCAUUACAAGAUCCAAAUGGCACUGUAUUACAAACAAUAACAACCGAUGAAUCAGGUAAUUACAAAUUUGAUAAUUUAUUACCAGGUGAUUAUUGUAUCGUCGGAACAACUCCAAUCGGUUCAAUUCCAGUUACUGGUAGUCCAGACAAUCUCUUUGUCAAUAAUAAAUAUUGUUUAACAUUCACAGGACCACAACCAAUCGAUAGAACUGAUGUCAAUCCAGGUUUUGUACCAACACUCGAUAUUGGUCAAUAUGUUUGGAUCGAUAAGAAUAACAAUGGUAAAGAAGAACCAGAUGAACCAUUAUUACCAGGUGUUCAAGUUAUUAUCACAUCACCAAAUGGAACAUCAAUUGCCAAUCUUUUUACAGACGAAAAUGGUAAAUAUGCAUUAAAAGAUCAAGUACCAGGAUCAUAUUGUGUACAAAUGAUUAUUCCAGAUCAUUAUAAACAAGUUAACCAAUCAGAAGAUUCACCAUUCGAUUCAGAUGUCAAAUAUUGUUUCGAUUUAGAAGAUAAAUCAAUUACAAACGCAAAUCUUGGUUUAGUUCCACUUUACAACCUUGGUGAUAGUGUUUGGUUAGAUCCAUUCAAUACUGGUAAACGUACUGAUGAUUCACCAGGAGUAGAAGGUAUUCCACUCACACUCAUUGAUAAAUACGGAAAUUCAAUUCAAUCAACUGCAUCAGGACCAAAUGGUAAAUAUCAAUUCGAAGAUGUUCCACCAGGCGAUUAUUGUAUUGAAGCAUCUGUCCCAAGAAAAUAUCAAGUAGAAAAUACCUCAUCAGAUUCACCAUUCUCGGUAGUUCUUCCACUCCCAACUUCUUCGAUUGAACCAAUUAAAUCUAGAUAUUGUUUCACAGUUACAGAGCCAGUUAACAAUGCCAAUCUUGGUUUAAUUCCAUUCCUCGAAAUCGGAACAUUUGUUUGGAUUGAUUCAAAUAACAAUGAUAAGUUUGAACAACCAAGUGAUAUUAAACAAUCAGAUGUAUCAAUUACAUUAACCAACAGUGGUAAUGGUGAAACAUCAACAAUUCAAACAGACUCAAAUGGUAAUUACAAAUUCAAUAAUUUAUUAGCAGGUGAUUAUUGUAUCAAAGUAACAGAACCAAAUAAAUAUCAAUUUGUUGUAACUUCAGAUGAUUCAGUUGUAAAUUCAACAGGUGAAUAUUGUUUCAAAUUAACACAAUCAAAUCCAAAUAUCAAUAUCGGUUUAGUACCACUCAAUAGUAUCGGAACAUUCGCUUGGUUAGAUAAAGAUAAUGAUGGUUUAGCAACUGCUGGAGAAUCAUUAGCAGGUGUAGAAUUAUCAUUACAAGAUCCAAAUGGUACUUUAUUUGAAACAACAACAACCGAUGAAUCAGGUUAUUACCUAUUUUACGAAUUAUUACCAGGUGAUUAUUGUAUUGUCGCUACAACUCCAAUCGGUUCAAUCCCUGUUACUGGUAGUCCAGACAAUCUAUUUGUCAAUAAUAAAUAUUGUUUAACAUUCACAGGACCACAACCAAUCGAUAGAUAUGAUGUCAAUCCAGGUUUUGUAUCAACACUCGAUAUUGGUCAAUAUGUUUGGAUCGAUAAGAAUAACAAUGGUAAAGAAGAACCAGAUGAACCAUUAUUACCAGGUGUUCAAGUUAUUAUCACAUCACCAAAUGGAACUAAGAUCGCAGAUCUUGUAACAGAUGAAAAUGGUAAUUAUGCAUUAAAAGAUCAAGUACCAGGAUCAUAUUGUGUACAAAUGGUUAUUCCACCACAUUAUAAACAAGAUGCACAAUCAGAAGACUCACCAUUCGAUUCAGAUGUCAAAUAUUGUUUCGAUUUGGUAGAUAAAUCAAUUACAAAUGCCAAUCUUGGUUUAAUUCCAUUAUUCAACGUUGGUGAUAAAGUUUGGUUAGAUCCAUUCAAUACUGGUAAACAAACUGAUGAUUCACCACCAUUAUCAGACAUUACAAUUAGAUUAACUGAUAAAGAUGGAAAUGAAAUUACAAACACCAAAUCAGGACCAGAUGGUAAAUAUCAAUUCGAAGAUGUUCCACCAGGUGAUUAUUGUGUUGAAGCUGAUAUUCCAAAAGAUCAAUACAAACCAGUCAAUACAUCAUCAGAUUCACCAUUCUCGGCUGAUUCAACAAAUGAUAGUUUCGUCACAGUUAAAUAUUGUUUCACAAUCACUGAUCAUGAUGUCAAACCACCAAUUGGUGUUACUCCAUUCUAUGAAAUCGGUACAUUUGUUUGGAUUGAUUCAAAUAACAAUGAUAAGUUUGAACAACCAAGUGAUAUUAAAAAAUCAGAUGUAUCAAUUACAUUAACCAACAGUGGUAAUGGUGAAACAUCAACAAUUCAAACAGAUGCUGAUGGGGAAUACAAUUUCAAUCAUUUAUUAGCAGGUGAUUAUUGUAUCAAAGCAACAGAACCAAAUAAAUAUCAAUUUGUUGUAACUUCAGAUGAUUCAGUUGUCGACUCAACAGGUGAAUAUUGUUUCAAAUUAACACAAUCAAAUCCAAAUAUCAAUAUCGGUUUAGUACCACUCAAUAGUAUCGGAUCAGUAUCAUGGUUAGAUAAGAAUAAUAAUGGUAAGAGAGAAAACAAUGAAUUCUUACCAGGUGUAGAAUUAUCAUUACAAGAUUCAAAUGGUAAAGUAUUAGAUACAACAACAACAACUGAUGAAUCAGGUAAUUACAAAUUUGAUAAUUUAUUACCAGGUGAUUAUUGUAUCGUCGGAACAACUCCAAUCGGUUCAAUUCCAGUUACUGGUAGUCCAGACAAUCUCUUUGUCGAUAAUAAAUAUUGUUUAACAUUCACAGGACCACAACCAAUCGAUAGAACUGAUGUCAAUCCAGGUUUUGUAUCAACACUCGAUAUUGGUCAAUAUGUUUGGAUCGAUAAGAAUAACAAUGGUAAAGAAGAAUCAGAUGAACCAUUAUUAACAGGUGUUCAAGUUAUUAUCACAUCACCAAAUGGAACAUCAAUUGCCAAUCUUGUAACAGAUGAAAAUGGUAAAUAUGCAUUAAAAGAUCAAGUACCAGGAUCAUAUUGUGUACAAAUGAUUAUUCCAGAUCAUUAUAAACAAGUUGCACAAUCAGAAGAUUCACCAUUCGAUUCAGAUGUCAAAUAUUGUUUCGAUUUAGUAGAUACAUCAAUUACAAACGCCAAUCUUGGUUUAAUUCCACUUUAUCCAAUUGGUGAUAGUGUUUGGUUAGAUCCGUUCAAUACUGGUAAACGUACUGAUGAUUCACCAGGUGUCGAAGGUAUUGAAUUAAAUUUAGUCGAUAAAGAUGAUAAAGUUAUUCAAUCAACAACUUCAGGACCAGAUGGUAAAUAUCAAUUCGAAGAUGUUCCACCAGGUGAUUAUUGUAUUGAAGCAGAAUUUCCAAGUGAUACCUAUCAAGCAGUCAAUACAUCAUCAGAUUCACCAUUCUCUCCAACUUCGAAUGAAUCAAUUGUUAAAUCAUGCUUCAAAGUUUCAGGACCAUUAGAUAAUCAAAACUUAGGUUUAUCACCAUUCUAUGAAAUCGGUACCAUUGUUUGGAUUGAUUCAAAUAACAAUGAUAAGUUUGAACAACCAAGUGAUAUCGGUAAAUCAGAUGUAUCAAUUACAUUAACCAACAGUGGUAAUGGUGAAACAUCAACAAUUCAAACAGAUGUUGAUGGUAACUAUAAUUUCAAUCAUUUAUUAGCAGGUGAUUAUUGUAUCAAAGUAACACAACCAGAUCAAUACCAAUUUGUUGUAACUUCAGAUGAUUCAGUUGUCGACUCAACAGGUGAAUAUUGUUUCAAAUUAACACAAUCAAAUCCAAAUAUCAAUAUCGGUUUAGUACCACUCAAUAGUAUCGGAUCAGUAUCAUGGUUAGAUAAAAAUAAUAAUGGUAAGAAAGAAGAUAAUGAAUUCUUACCAGGUGUAGAGUUAUCAUUACAAGAUCCAAGUGGCAAAGUAUUAGAUACAACAACAACUGAUGAAUCAGGUAAUUACAAAUUUGAUAAUUUAUUACCAGGUGAUUAUUGUAUCGUCGCAACAACUCCAAUCGGUUCAAUUCCAGUAACAAGCAGUCCAGAUAAUCUAUUUGUCAAUAAUAAAUAUUGUUUAACAUUCACAGGACCACAACCAAUCGAUAGAACUGAUGUCAAUCCAGGUUUUGUAUCAACACUCGAUAUUGGUCAAUAUGUUUGGAUCGAUAAGAAUAACAAUGGUAAAGAAGAACCAGAUGAACCAUUAUUACCAGGUGUUCAAGUUAUUAUCACAUCACCAAAUGGAACUAAGAUCGCAGAUCUUGUAACAGAUGAAAAUGGUAAAUACGCAUUAAAAGAUCAAGUACCAGGACCAUAUUGUGUACAAAUGGUUAUUCCAGAUCAUUAUAAACAAGUUGCACAAUCAGAAGAUUCACCAUUCGAUUCAGAUGUCAAAUAUUGUUUCGAUUUAGUAGAUAAAUCAAUUGCAAACGCCAAUCUUGGUUUAAUUCCACUUUAUCCAAUUGGUGAUACUGUUUGGUUAGAUUCAUUCAACACUGGUAUUCAAUUAGAAAAUUCCCCAGGUAUUCCAAAUAUUGUAUUAACACUUACUGAUAAAAAUGGAAAUACAAUUAUUAAAUCAAUUCCAACUGACGAUAUUGGUAAAUAUCAAUUCGAUGAUGUUGAGCCAGGCGAUUAUUGUAUCAAAGUAUCUGUUCCUUCGGAUUAUUCCCCAGUUAACAAAUCUUCAGACUCACCAUUUUCAUUAUCUUCCCAAUCAGAUGUUGAAUCAUGUUUCACAGUUAGUGGACCAACAGAUAAUCAAGAUCUUGGUUUAAUUCCAUUACUUAAAAUUGGAACUAUUGUUUGGAUUGAUUCAAAUAAUAACAAUGUCUACGAUAAACCAGUUGAUGUUGGUAAAUCAGAAUUCCAAAUUAAACUUACCAAUACUGGAUCAGGUCAAUCAUCUACUACACAAACAGAUUCAAAUGGAAACUACCACUUUGACCAUUUAUUACCAGGCAAUUAUUGUAUUGAAACAACAACUCCAAUUAAAUAUCAUUUCGUACAACCAUCAAAAGACUCAGUUGUUGACCAAACAACAGGUAAAUAUUGUUUCUUAUUAACACAAUCAAAUCCAAAUAUCAAUAUUGGUAUUUCUCCACUCAAUAGUAUCGGAUCAGUAUCAUGGUUAGAUAAGAAUAAUAAUGGUAAUAAAGAAGACAAUGAGUUCUUACCAGGUGUAGAGUUAUCAUUACAAGAUUCAAAUGGUAAAGUAUUACAAACUACAACAACCAAUGAAUCAGGUAAUUACAAAUUUGAUAACCUUCCACAAGGUGAUUAUUGUAUCAUUGCAACAACUCCAAUAGGUUCAAUUCCAGUUACUGGUAGUUCAGAUAAUCUCUUUGUCAAUAAUAAAUAUUGUUUAACAUUCACAGGACCACAACCAAUUGAUAGAACUGAUGUCAAUCCAGGUUUUGUACCAACACUCGAUAUUGGUCAAUAUGUUUGGAUCGAUAAGAAUAACAAUGGUAAAGAAGAAUCAGAUGAACCAUUAUUACCAGGCAUACAAAUUCAUAUUUUCUCACCAAAUGGAACAUCAAUUGCCAAUCUUGUAACAGAUGAAAAUGGUAAAUAUGCAUUAAAAGAUCAAGUACCAGGAUCAUAUUGUGUACAAAUGGUUAUUCCACCACACUAUGAACAAGUUGCACAAUCAAAAGACUCUCCAUUCGAUUCAGAUGUCAAAUAUUGUUUCGAUUUACUUGAUAAAUCAAUUACAAAUGCCAAUUUAGGUUUAAUUCCACUUUAUAAUAUUGGUUCUGAUGCAUGGUUAGAUAAUUUAAAUAAUGGAGUUCGUAGAAAUGAUUCAUUAUUGGUACCAAAUGUAACAAUGUCUCUCUAUGAUAACAAUGGUAAUUUAAUUGAAACAACUAUUACCAACUCUUCUGGUAAAUAUCAAUUCAAUGAUAUACAACCAGGUAGUUAUUGCGUAAGAGCUACAGUACCAUCCAAUUAUUUAGCAGAUUCAUAUUCUGAAGUAUCGCCAUUCAAAAACUUCACUGAUACAUCUCCAACUAAUCCAUUAGCAGAACUUCAAUAUUGUUUCGCAGUCACAGAUUCUAAUGUAUUGAAUGCCAAUAUUGGUUUGAUUCCAUACCUUGUGGUCGAUGGUACAACAUGGGUCGAUUUAGAUUUAUCAAAAUUCCUUUCAUCUAGUGAUCUACUUCUUCCAAAUGUAACAGUACAAUUAUAUGACAAGGUAAGUGGAAACAUUUUAGCUGCUACAAGAUCUGAUGAUAAAGGUGGCUAUGUUGUACCUAAUUUAUUACCAAGUGCAGACUAUUGUGUUCAAUUUGAAGUUCCACCAGGAUAUAUUGUUGUUGUCGACUCUGAUGAUUCAGUUACCAACUCUACAGGUGGUUUUUGUUUCCCAUUAUUUGGUGAUAUGUCAGAUGUUAACCUUGGUUUGGAUACUAUAUUUGGAGUUGGUUAUAUUGCUUGGUUAGAUAUUAAUAACGAUGGAAAGAGACAAGAUAAUGAAUUCCUUUCCGAUGUAGAAUUAUCACUUAUUGACCCACUAGGAAAUGUUAUAGAAACAACCAAAACAGAUAUUAAUGGUAACUACAUGUUCUAUCCAUUAUUAAUGGGUAAAUAUUGUCUCAAUGCAACAACUCCAUUAGGUACAAUUCCAGUAACAGGUAGCAAAGAUUCUCCAUUCAUUAAUGGUCAGUAUUGUGUUAGAUUAAAUGGUCAUAUACCAUAUAACAACACUAAUGUUAAUCCAGGUUUCGUAUCAACACUUGAUAUUGGUCAAUAUGUUUGGAUCGAAAAGAAUAAUAAUGGUAUUAAAGAAUUAGAUGAACCAUUAUUACCAGGUGUUUCAGUUUCAUUGUUCUCACCAAAUGGAACUUCCAUUGCCAACACAAUUACAGAUGAAAACGGUAAGUACGCAUUUAAAGAUCAAGUACCAGGAUCAUAUUGUAUCAAGAUGAUUAUUCCACCACACUAUCAACAAGUUAUUCAAUCUCAAGAUUCACCAUUUAACAAGAGUACAAUCUAUUGUUUCGACCUUACAACAUCAUCAAUUACUAAUGCCAACCUUGGUCUCACUCCACUUUUGACUGUUGGUGAUACAGCUUGGUUAGAUCCAUUAAAUACUGGUAAACGUUUACCAACAUCGGCUGGUGUUCCAAACAUUACCAUGACACUUUUAGAUUCACAAGGAAAACAAAUCAAUUCAACCAUUACAAACGCAAAUGGAUUCUACCAAUUUGUUGAUGUUGCACCAGGUAACUAUUGUAUGAGCGCAGGUCCAAUUAAUUCUGCACUUUACAAAUUUGUAAAUACAUCUUUAGACUCUCCAUUUAUUUUAUCAACCUCUAAAAAUGUAACAACAUAUUGUUUCAAUGUUAAUGCUACCAAUUUAACUAAUGUCAAUGUAGGUUUAACUCCAUUCUAUACAUUAGGUGAUAAUGUUUGGAUUGAUAAACUUAAUAAUGGUAUUAAAGAUUUAGAUGAUCCACUUCAAGCAAAUGUUUCUCUUUCUCUUGUUAACACUGGAAACUCAGAAAUAAAAACAACAACAACAAACUCACAAGGUAAAUAUAGUUUUGGUCAAUUAUUAGCCGGUAAUUAUUGUUUAACUGCAUCAGUUCCACAAAAUUUCAAAGCAGUUACAAAAUCAAAUGAUUCACCAUUCUCACCAAUUGGUGGUGAUUCAAACACACAACAAUAUUGUUUCACGCUAUCUGGAAAUAAAAAUGACGCAAACCUCGGUUUAGUUCCACUUUAUUGUGUUGGUAAAUAUGUUUGGAUUGAUAUUAACGGUAAUGGUCAUCCAGAACCAACCGAAGAACCAUAUAGAAACUUAACCAUUACUCUUACUCCAAAUAACACCGCUUUACCAACUCAAACUACAACAACUGAUGUAAAUGGAAAUUAUAGAUUCGAUAAUUUAGUUGUUGGAAAUUAUUGUGUAAGUUUAUCCAUUAUCGAUAACUAUAUAAUGACAAAGAUAACCAAUGACUCUGUAUUCAACCCUCAAGGUUUAAGUUGUUUCACUAUUAAUUAUGGUGAUCCAAUUUGUAGAAAUGAUAUUAAUGGUGGUUUAAUUCCACCAAUCUUUUCAAUUGGUGACUUUGUAUUCCGUGAUGUUAAUGGAAAUGGUCUAUUUGAUAGUGCCCAAGAUACUCCAUUGGUUAAUAUUACCGUUAGACUUUUGAAUUUAUUCAAUACAACUCUCAUGACCACAACCACUGAUUCACAAGGUAUCUAUCAUUUCGUUAAUGUUGAACAAGGAGAUUAUGUUGUACAAUUUGGUUAUCCAAAACAAUUGAAACCAAGUCCAAUAACAGAUCAAUCUAAAGUAAACAGUAGAGGACGUGUAUCAGUUUCUCUUAGAAUCAAUAGUCCAGAUGUUACAGCAUCGAUUGCAUCAGAUAAAGUACCAACUUAUUAUAUUAAUAGAAAUAUUGAUGCUGGUUUCACCACAGAAUAUUUGAGUAUUGGUUUCAUUGUUUUCAAUGAUGACAAUAAAGAUGGUCAAAUGCAACCAAGUGAAAUGGGUAUGGCAAAUAUUACAGUUUUCUUAAGAAGUGGUUCUAACCUAUCACAAACCAUUGCAACAACAACAACAGAUGCCAAUGGAACAUACAUCUUUACCCAUUUAGCUCCAGGAAAUUAUUGCGUUUCACUCACUGUACCAAAAGAAUUUUAUCCAACUCUCUUAACUCCAACAACAUUUAAUAGAGGUGAUUCUAAUGCUAUUGCUUGUACCAAUGUCUCUGUAUUCAGUCCAACCGUUCAAAGAUUCUCAAUUCCAAGUCAUACUGAAGAUACCUAUCAAGAUGCCACUGUUAAUUUUGGUUUAGCCCCAUACAAAUAUGCAGUUGGAACAUAUAUUUGGGUAGAUAAGAAUGGUAAUGGUGGAGCUGAAUCAUAUGAACCUGCAGUUGAAGGUAUUACUGUUAGAAUUUAUGAUAGUAACUUUAACUUUAUAACAUCUACCGUAACAAAUCCAAGUGGUAUCUACAUUUUCGAUAAUUUAUACCCAGGAGUUUACAAUUUAGCAAUUACUCCACCAGUUGGUUUUACAAUCUCCAAUAAUACUCUUCAAGAUAACAAGGCAAAUGCAACUGGUUACAUCAGUAUUGAUCUCAGUCAAAAUGAUAAAGCACUUAUGCUAAUUGAUUCAACUUGGAAUCUUAAAGCAAACUAUAUCAAUAUCUAUCAAGACUUUGGUAUUGUUCCACCCAAGAUAGCAAUUGGUAGAUUUGUAUUCUUAGAUAUUAACAACAAUGGUAAGAAAGAUGUAGAUGAACCAGGUAUUGCAAAUGUUACAAUCUCAAUUGGUUCAAAGACCAAACAAACUGAUGCCAAUGGUUUCUACAUUUUUGAUAAUUUAGAAACUGGUAACGAUUGUUUAACUUUCAUACCACCAAAUCCAACCUAUCAACUUGGUAUAUCAGGUCCAGAUAAUUUCUUAAAAGGUAAUAAUACAUUAUGUUUAGAUAUUGAAAUUUAUAAUAAUACAUUACGUACAGUUCCAUCAGAUAAUCUCAAGGCUUUCAAUAAGAAUUAUACAUUCAAUGUUGGUUAUGUUCCACAAUCAUUUAUUAUUGGUGAUACUAUUUGGAUUGAUUCAAAUAAUAAUUCACUAUUAGACAAUGGUGAAGUUGGUGCAGAUGGUAUUAAAGUUGAAUUAUUAGUAUCUUCAGAUCUUUCACCAGCAUUGGAUAUUUUAGGUAAACCAAUUUCAAGUCAAGUAACAACUGCCAAUGGUAAAUAUUUAUUCCAAAAUGUAUCAAGUGGACCUUCCUAUGUAGUAAGAUUAACUAUACCUGCCAAUAGUACCAAAUAUAUUGCAGGUACUACUUAUUCACCAAUUUUGACAGGUGGUAUGUCAAGAGCCACAGCAAACGGUCAAGUAAUUGUUUUGAAUAACUUUACAUUGGAUACAACCUAUGGAUCAAAUACUUGGAAAAAUCUAAACAAUGAUGCAGGUAUUGUAAUCCCAUGUUACAGUAUUGGUCAACAAUCAUGGUCCGAUGGUAAUCUCAAUGGUAUCUUUGAUAUCAAUGAAAUUGGUUUCCCAUAUGUAAACCUUACACUCUUUAAUGCAGAUGGUUCCACUCCAAAUGAUAUUUUCGGCAAACCAAUUCAAAUGGCAGUCACAGAUGUAAAUGGUAAAUAUUCAAUUCCAAACGUUCCACCAGGUUCCUACUAUAUGACAGUUUCAAUUCCACCUCGUUAUAUCAUUUCAAAUUUCACCACUACUGGUUUAGUCAACAAUAGAUUCUUCCCAUUAAAUCGUACAACACCAAUAUUCACAAUGCCAGGACCAGAUGUAGUAACUGUAUCAAGUGUUAGUCGUUGUAGACAAGCGUACAACAAAGCCAAUGUUGGUAUAAAUACCCCAUAUGUUGCAUUGGGUGUUAGAACCUUUAUUGAUACCAACAAGAAUGGUAUCUUUGAUAUUGAUGAAAAACCAUUACCAAAUGUUACUGUACUUCUCUUAAAUAACAAUGGUCAACCAGUUAUGGGUUCAGAUGGUAACCCAUUGAAAGCAGUAUCAAACUCUCAAGGUUACUAUUACAUUGAUAAUGUACGUUUAGGUUAUUAUAUCGUUCAAUUUGUCAUACCAGCCGGUUAUUCAAUCACUCCAACCAAAUUAGUGUCAACAUCAAAUCAAGUAGAAAACAAUGCAUUCCCUAAUGGUAGAACUGAUGCAUUUAAUCUUAUUAUUACAUCAUCCGAUAUUCGUUCAAGAUUUGAUAAUGAAUCAAAUUUAUAUACAGCACCAUACCUUGACCCUACUCAUGAUGCAGGUUUUGUUUUCACUACAAUGGGUGUAUUUGGUUACGUUUGGAAUGAUGUUUUACAAGAUGGUCUCUUUGAAAUGGGUUCAGUUCCACCAGGUAACUUUACUGUUCAAUUGAAAUCUGCCAAUCAAGCCGUUAAUGGUGGUUUAACUACAGUUCCAAUUGGUACUGUUGUUGCAACCUCACCAGUGGCAGCCAAUGGUAGUUUCUCAAUUCCAAACCUUCAACUUGGUAAUUAUACACUCACCUUGAUUCCUCCAUCAGGAUCUGGUUGGCUAACAACUAAAUUCAAUGUAACUGGCUCACCAACAAACUCUUUAUUAUUGGGUACCUUUAAUUCUACAAUGUUUACAUUGGAUGCAAAUGAUGAUGAUAAUAUAGUUUGUCCAUUCUCUCAAUAUAAAUGUAAACCAGUUAAUCUUGGUGUAAUUAGACCAAGUCUUAAGAAUGUCACUGGUAGAGUUUUCAAAGAUUACAAUUGUAACGGUAAAUACGAUAUCAGUGGUCAAUUUGGUACAGCUAAAGAUAUACCACUUUCAAAGAUUCCAGUUUAUAUUUACUAUGCCGAUAGUAAGACUCCUUUCAACUCCACUCUUACAGAUUCAACCGGUUCAUAUUCAUUCUUUAAUCUUGUACAAGAUGGUAAUUAUUUGAUUACAGUAGGUACGCCAGCACUUCCAACUGGUUCAGGCGAUAAGGUUGAAACAUGUAGACCAACUUCAGUAAUUCUUCCAAACACCUACACCGUUCCAGCAGGAUUUGCAGAUUUCUCUUUCAUCACCAAUGAAGAAACAUGUAAUGAUGUACCAAAUCUUUCAGUAGGUUGUUAUGUCAUUGGUAAUAGUGAUGAAAAUGGUCCAAACACUGGUGAACCAGUUAUCGUUAUGUUCCCAUACAAUUCUACUCAACAUAAUCAAAUCACUCCACUAUCCUUCUAUUAUGAAUCAGGUACAACCUAUGGUCUAGCCUAUGAUCGUAGUAAGAAACAACUUUACGCCUCAGCAUUCACCAAGUUUGGUACAGAUUAUGGCCCUGGACGUCUUAAUGCAAUCUAUAAGAUCGAUACUGUAACCGGUAGAAAUUCACUAUACACUAGAAUUGAUUCUUUCCUUGAAAAAGAUACAGAAGGUACUGAUGAUAUUUUAGGUAUGGACAUUAGUUUAGAUACAGAUUUUAGAAUUUCAGAGAUUUAUCGUACAGCAUUUGGUGGUAUUGUUAUUAAUCCAUACACUCGUAGUUUGGCAGUAGUUGGUUUACAAACCCGUGAUAUUAUUAUAAUGCCAUUGGAUACUCAGCCAAAUAAAACAAACACUCAAAGAUUUACGGUUCCAUUUGGUUGUACAAGAACCCAAGACAAAUAUUUCUGGCAACCAUUUGCAAUCAACUUCCAUCAAGGUAAAUAUUAUACAGGUUCAGUUUGUGGUGGUCCAACCAUCCCAGAUAUGAAUGCAAUCAUUCACUCUUUUGAUCCAGUCACUCAAGUCUUCACAAAGGUUGUCACUCUACCAUUAAAUUAUAGCAGAGGUUGUAAGAAUUUUGAUUCAAAUACAGUCUGUCGUAACAGUACAUGGCAACCAUGGAUUGAUAUCGAUGACAAUCCACAACCAGUCGUUGCAUCAAUUACAUUCGAUGGUAAUGAUAUGGUUAUCGGUAUCAGAGAUAGAGAAGGUGAUCAAGGUAGUUUCGUAUCGGCACCAGAUAUUUUACGUAUUUGUUUGGUCAAUGGAGUUUAUGUCCCAGAAAGAGAUGGUAAAUGUGGUGGUGCUAUUGGUUCUCAUACAGGUCCAUCAGGUUAUAAAGGUCAAAUUGAAGGUCCAGGUACUGGUGAAUUCUAUAAUGAUAACUUUAGAAAAGGUCAAAUUGGUCAUGAUGAUACUGGUGGUCUUUCAGUUUUCCAAGUUCCAGGUUUCCCAGAGGUUGCAUCAGCUUCAUUCGAUGCUACAACUGUAUUCGAAGGUGUAGUCAAAUUUUAUAACAAUAACAAUGGUACCCUUCGUUCUUCAUUCCAAGUUUAUCUCACUGAUAAUUCAGAUACAGUCAAUCCAGUUACCUUUGGCAAAGCAUCGGGUCUUGGUCAACUUGUAGCCCACUGUUCUCCAAAACCAAUUACCCUUGGUAGUAUUGUCUUUAUUGAUACAAAUGGUAAUGGUAUUCAAGAACCAUGGGAGCAAGGUAAACAAGGUGUUGCCGUUAGUUUAUUAUUUGCCAAUGGUACCUUAAUUCAAAAACAAUCAACCGAUUCAUUAGGUCUAUUUAAAUUCAUUAAUCCACCAUACCAAAAUCAACAAUAUAUUAUUACAGCUGAUUCAGUUACACUUUCAAUUAUUCCAUCACCUCUACCAACUUCAUCUAUUCCUUAUAACGCUGCAACAAUGGUUAAUGGAAAAGCAACAAUUUCAAAUAUUCUUAUUUUAGAUCCAAUGAUAGCUUCAAGUAGAUAUGAUUUAAAUUUUGGUGUUACAAACUAA